AUGGGAAAGAAAGCGGUCCAUUUCGGUGCUGGCAACAUCGGCCGAGGCUUCGUCGCUGAAUUCCUACACAAAUCAGGCUACGAGGUCGUUUUCUGCGAUGUCAUGGACAGUGUGAUCGAUCUGCUGCAGAAGAACAUCUCCUACAAGGUCAUCCAAGUCGGAGCCGAAGGCAAUUCCGAAUCCACCAUCACCAACUACCGCGCCAUCAACUCCAAGACCAGCGAGGCCGAUGUCAUCAAGGAGAUCGUCGACGCAGACGUGGUCACCUGCUCCGUGGGCCCCAACAUUCUCAAGUUUAUCGCUCCGGUGAUCGCAAAGGGCAUCGAUGGGAGACCAAAUGAGGCCACGCCCAUAGCCGUCAUUGCGUGCGAGAAUGCCAUUGGCGCCACUGACUCGCUCGCGAACUACAUCAAGAACGACCACACCCCCGACCACCGUCUGGAGGAUCACCACGAGCGAGCUCGGUACGCAAACUCGGCGAUUGACCGCAUCGUGCCCGCCCAAGCCCCGAAUGCUGGCCUGGACGUUACGCUGGAGAAGUUCUACGAGUGGGUCGUCGACGCAACCCCGUUCAAGGAUCAUCAGGUGCCUUCCAUCGAGGGCAUCAAGUGGGUUGACGAUCUCGAGCCAUACAUCGAGCGGAAGCUCUUCACCGUCAAUACCGGCCAUGCCGCAGCCGCGUACCAUGGCUAUUACCACAAGAAGGCGACGGUGUAUGACGCGCUGCAAGACCCCAACAUUCUGAACGAGGUACGGAGGGCUUUGGCCGAAACGAGUAUCUUGAUCGUUGGCAAGCACGGGAUUCACGAACAAGAACAAAAGGACUACGUCGAGAAGAUCAUCACUCGAAUCGGCAACCCUCAUCUCGAAGAUGCCGUCGAACGUGUUGGCCGUGCCCCGCUCCGGAAGCUCAGCCGCAAGGAGCGCUUCAUCGGCCCCGCUGCUGAGCUCGCGGAAGAUGGGAACGAGUUCUGGGCUCUUCUCGAUGCUGCAGAGAUGGCAUUCCGUUUCCAGAACGUGGAGGGCGACGAGGAAAGUGUAGAAUUGGCCAAGAUCAUGAAGGAGAACUCACCAGAGCAGGUUGUUGAGAAGGUCUGCGGAUUGACGUCGAAGGAUAAGCUGUUCCCACAUGUGGUGGAGAAGGUUAAAAAGGGCGAAAUUGGGCGGGAGAGUUCGGUGUUUCUUGGCUACGCGGUCGGCACUAUCGUUGUGGUAUUGGUUGGCCAGCAUGCGGUUAGACGUGAAGGUGAGUUGGCUGCCAGUUUCUUCUGUCAUUUGGCAAAUGCGCCCAGAAUGUUGGGCUUGCUGGACCAUCUGGCGAUGGCCUCAGCACUGUCUGGGCACCACCUGGAAUACACCCCAGCGGUCGGCCCCCAUAUAGGGAUAGACACCACCGUGGUAUCCAAGAUGGCUAUGAAUGUUGCUAACACAGUUUCCAAAAUGCAGAGACAGUUGUUUGCGAGGAGUGAGAGAGUUAAGGGGAUCGAUUUCCACCCUGUGGAGCCCUGGAUUUUGACUACGUUGUAUAGCGGUCAUGUCUACAUAUGGUCAUACGAGACACAGGCCAUCGUCAAGACCUUCGAGUUAACAGAUGUACCUGUCCGAGCGGGGCGCUUCAUUGCGCGCAAGAAUUGGAUUGUUUGCGGCUCGGACGACUUCCAACUACGGGUCUACAACUACAACACGUCAGAGAAGAUCACAUCAUUCGAAGCCCAUCCGGACUAUAUCCGUGCAAUCGUCGUGCACCCUACGCAGCCCUUCGUUCUUACCGCAUCCGAUGACAUGACAAUAAAGCUUUGGGAUUGGGACAAGGGAUGGAAGUGUGUGCAGGUUUUCGAAGGGCAUAGCCAUUAUGUGAUGGGUCUCGCGAUUAACCCCAAGGACACCAACACUUUUGCUUCAGCAUGUUUGGACCGAACCGUAAAAAUUUGGAGCUUGGGCUCGUCAACAGCAAACUUUACCCUCGAAGCCCACGAAACAAAAGGCGUCAACCAUGUUGACUACUACCCACAAUCUGAUAAACCAUAUCUCCUCACCACUUCAGAUGACAGGACGGUCAAGAUUUGGGAUUAUACUACGAAAUCUUUGAUUGCAACUCUAGAAGGACAUACCAGCAAUGUAUCAUUUGCCUGCUACCACCCUGAGCUACCAGUCAUUAUCUCUGGCUCCGAGGACGGAACGGUCAAGAUAUGGCACGCAAAUACAUACAGACUAGAACAAUCACUGAAUUACGGGUUAGAGAGAGCGUGGUGCGUCAGUUACCAAAAAGGCAAGCAGGGCGUUGCCGUCGGUUUUGAUGAGGGUGCGGUGGUUGUGAAAAUGGGCCGGGAGGAGCCAGCAGUGUCCAUGGAUGGUUCCGGGAAAUUGAUAUGGGCUAGACACAGCGAGGUUGUCUCCUCGAUAAUCAAGGGUGCAGAUGCAUCUCUGAAGGAUGCCGAACCUAUCACUCUCCCCACAAAAGAUCUUGGCACAUGCGAAGUAUAUCCCCAGACCCUUCUUCACUCGCCCAAUGGCCGAUUUGUCUCGGUUUGCGGAGAUGGGGAAUACAUCAUUUACACGGCACUUGCGUGGAGAAAUAAAGCAUUUGGUACGGCGCUGGAUUUUGCCUGGGGCUCAAAAGAUAAUAGCAACGACUACGCCAUUAGAGAAUCAUCAACUAGCGUCAAAAUCUUCAAGAACUUCAUUGAGAAAUCCGGGGGCCUUGAUGUUGGUUUCCAAGCCGAGGGAUUGACUGGGGGCGUUUUGCUUGGCGUUAAGGGGCAAGGUGGAAUUGGGUUUUAUGACUGGCAAACUGGCGGCUUAGUUCGGAGGAUUGAAGUCGAUCCCAAGGAGGUUUACUGGUCUGAAAAUGGCGAACUUGUCUCAAUUGCUUGCGAGGAUACCUUCUAUGUCCUUCGAUUUUCGCGGGAAAACUAUCAUGCUGCUGUCCAGGCUGGGGAGGUAGACGACGAUGGUGUCGAGGCUGCUUUCGAGGUCGUGACGGAUAUCAAUGAGAGCGUCCGAACUGGAGAAUGGGUGGGUGAUUGCUUCAUCUACACAAACAGCACGAAUCGCCUAAACUACCUGGUUGGAGACCAGACAUACACCAUCUCCCACUUCGAUCAACCUAUGUACCUUCUUGGCUAUAUCCAACGCGACUCUCGGAUCUACCUUGCCGACAAGGAUGUCAACGUAACCUCCUUUGCCCUCUCCCUUUCCGUUGUCGAAUAUCAAACUCUGGUUCUUCGAGAUGACAUGGAAUCGGCAGCUGAACUUCUCUCCUCCAUCCCACAAGACCAGUUCAAUAAAAUUGCCCGCUUCCUCGAAGGCCAAGGCCACAAAGAACUCGCACUCGAGGUUGCCACCGACCCAGAACACAAAUUUGAUCUAUCGCUAGCUCUCGGCCAAUUGCCAAUCGCAUUGGAACUCGCAAAGCAGGCUGACGUGGAGCAUAAAUGGAAGACGGUCGGCGACGCGGCACUUGCAGGAUGGGACGUCGCUCUAGCUGCAGAAUGCUUUAAGAACGCAAAAGACCUCGGUUCAUUACUCCUCCUUCAUUCUUCGACAGGCGAUCGGGAAGGGCUGCAUGCACUAAGCCUGCAGGCACAAGAAGCUGGUGCGCAUAACGUUGCAUUCACGUGUCUAUGGCAACUCGGCGAUGUAGAGGGUUGUAUUGACCUUCUCACCAAGACUGGAAGAAGCGCUGAAGCCGUCCUCUUUUCCCAGACGUAUAAGCCAAGUCUUGCGCCAAAGACUGUGGGUUUGUGGAAACAAAGUCUCGAAAAGGAGAAGAAGGGAAGGGUGGCCAAGACAGUCGGUGUCCCCGGUGAAGAUGAAGAACUGUUCCCGGAGUGGGAGGAGUAUUUGAGGUUGGAGAGCGAGGGAGGUAGUAAGCUGAUUGAUAUUGAUGCCAAUGGUGCGGAUGAGGAUGCGGAAGCGGAAGCGGAAGCGGAGUCACCUGAUUCUGACGAUGCGGAGGAAGAAUCGUGA